AAAAAACAAAGUACAAUUUCAUAGGUUAAGAAUAACACAGUUUUACAAGUAAAAUGUUUUCUAAAGCAUGUUCAUGGUUUACAAGUAUUUAUUUUAAACGUAUAAGUAUCAAUAAUAAGUCAUUUAGUAAAUUUUCAUCCAAUGAACUCUUAAUAAAAAAGAAAACGAAAACGACAUUUAAUUAUAUGGUAGCUAUUGGAAUUUUAACUAUUGGCUUUACAUAUGCUUCUGUCCCUUUGUACAGAAUUUUCUGUCAGGAAUUUAGUUAUGGAGGUACCAUAAGUCAUAAAGAAUCAAACAUAUCAGAGAUGAAACAAAAGAAAAAUAGAAUUUUAAAUGUAAAAUUUAAUGCUGAUACUGCAGCACAAAUGUCAUGGCAGUUUCAGCCUCAACAAAAUGAAGUAAAAGUAAUGCCAGGAGAAACAGCUUUAGCAUUUUAUACAGCAACUAACCCCACAGAUGUUCCAAUAGUUGGAAUUUCUACAUACAAUAUUGUUCCUUUUGAAGCUGGGCAAUAUUUUAACAAAAUCCAAUGCUUCUGCUUUGAAGAACAAUUUCUUGCUCCCCAUGAAAAUGUUGAUAUGCCAGUUUUUUUUUUUAUUGAUCCUGAAUUUACUGAAGAUCCUAAAAUGGAGCAUGUAAAUGAACUUGUUCUUUCUUAUACAUUUUUUGAAGCAAAAGAAGGUAUAAAGCUACCCAUACCCAGCUAUAUUAAAAAAAUACAAUAAUCGAAGGUAAAAUAGUGAACUAUUUCGUUACUUUCAAAUUAAUUGUAGUUUUUAAUUUAA